AUGACGAUGGAAGUGGAAACUGACAGCGGCAGAGGUAUAUCAAGGAGCGCUCAUGAGAAAUGCCCGCGGGCGGUGGAGCGCAACGGCUAUGUGAAAACAUGUGUCACCCCUCUGUAUCAGGACGCGGGCUGCCAGUCGUGGCUGAGACUCGCAGAUAUAUGGAGUUCCCUAAGACUGUCGUCCGCGGUGUGUGUGGGCUCUGUCUCUGUUUUUCUUGCUUUGCUGGUCAGAUUGGUGGACUGGGACGUGGAGCAGCAGAGUUGCAGCAGUAACAGCAAGAAUAACGGCGAGUCUGGAUCUCUAGUUCAUUUCGUGGCGACCUGUGUGGUGGAACUGUUGUCGAACGUUUGGUACCUGGUGUCCCCCGUCUUCACUCUCGUAUGUGCCUUCUUUUGGGUUGGCUUGUACCUGAUCCGCUGCGGGGUGCUGAUCCGGACCGCCGUGUUUCUGUUGGCAGUGUGUCACUUCGGCGAAGCCGCGGCGCAGUCUCUCCUGCACGGUGCGGAGGACCAGUUGUUGUCGUUCACCGCCACGGUGGUGGUUCUGUCCUGUCUAGCCGUCGGGGCGCUGAUGGUGGUCAGACUCGGACAGGGGGUUUCCGUCAUCGUCUUCAUCAGUAUCAUCAGAACUGUGUCUCUCAUCUCCCUCAACAAGAUCCGGGCCAGCUGGAGACCCUACCUGGCGUACCUGGUAGGAGUGCUGGGAGUCCUGCUAGCGAGGUAUGCUGACCGGCUCCUGACGGGCUCAGUGCCACUCGGGGCGGGUUGUAGCUACGUGACAGCGGGGAAGGAAGAGAAUAUCUUUCCCGUGUUUAAAAGGCGACGGAUGUCCAGUUCAGUGGUCUCUUCAGACAUGGCGCACAGUCACAGCAACAGCAGGUCCCACCGAAGGACCUCGCUCCCAUGCAUUCCACGGGAACAGUCGUCGGGUACCAGUGUGGUGGUGGACAUAGCGGUGAUGGGGGAAGCCCAUGGAUUGAUCUCAGACCUGCUGGCGGACCCCUCUCUGCCCCCCAACACCUGCAGUACCCUGCGGGCUGUCAGUAACCUGCUCAGUACCCAGAUCAGUUUGCAGCCGCUGCACCGGCCUCGAAGCCACCCUCUGCAGUCACUCAGCGACACACACACCUGCUCCGACUCCGAGGACUGGCCAGAGAGAGAGAAACUGGCUAUCCCAAAGCGUCUGCGACGGAGCCUGCCUCCAGGCCUGCUGAGAAGGAUCUCCUCUACAUGGACCACCACCACCUCAGCUACAGGUCUUCCCACCAUAGAGCCAGGACCUGUACGCAGAGACCGCUCUGCCAGCAUCAAACCCCUCCACGACAGUCCACCAUGCAGCACGGUGAACAGUGAGUCGUGGAACAGCUCUGUAAUGCUCACCAUCUCGAAGAGUCGCUCCAUGUCUGCCUCCUACUCUGCUUCAGCCACUUCCAACCACCUCUACAACAGACGAAUGACCAGACCAGGUUACCCCCCCUCCAAUAUAUCACCUCUGGCCUCUCCCUGCCACUCCCCUCCGGUCCAGGGGACCCCUGUCUCCAGCCCCACCACCAAGUCCUGCUCUGUGGACCUACCGGACCCUGUGGACAGCCAGGGAGAGAGGCCUGUGGACCCCCAGGUCCCACACAGAGCCUUAACACACAGCAUCAGUGCACCUAGCUCCACCACACCGCACUGGGGGCCACCAUCUCUCUGCAGCAGCUGUGGUAGACCGUACAGCAGGCUGAGCCAUGGGGAGGGAUCUAUGGACAAAGGGGACAGAAUACCCCACCCUGAUGACCCGGCAGUGGCGUCGUCAGACUGUGAGAGCACCUACGAGACCAACCACAGUGACAGCAGUGACUUUGCACAGAACGAGGAGGACGGGGAGGGGGCCAAGAAGCCCUCGGACACCCAGGACGGGUGCAGGUCGUACCAGCCUGAGGGCAUCGUCCUGCAACCCCUAAUGCCACCUCCAGAAGACACACAGUCUAUCCUGGCCCCAGAGCCUCUGGUGAUGUCAGAGCUGGAUCCUCUGAUGACUCAACUCAACAGCUGGAACUUCCCCAUCUUCAACCUUGUGGAGAAAACACACGGCCGCUCAGGAUGCAUCCUCAGCCAGGUUUCCUACCGCCUGUUUGAGGACACGGAACUGUUUGAGACGUUCAAGAUUCCUGUCAAGGAGUUCAUGAACUAUUUCCAUGCUCUGGAGAACGGAUACAGGGACAUCCCAUACCACAACAGGAUCCAUGCCACUGACGUGCUCCAUGCCGUGUGGUACCUCACCACCCAGGCCGUGCCAGGCCUGCCCAACCACCUCACAGACCACAGCUCAGAUUCUGACUCUGACAGUGGGCUCCUCACCCCCAGCCAUAUAGGCCAUACAGGGUUCCUGGUUUCUAAGAUGUCUGCGGUGAUGGAGGAGGGUUAUGGAUGUCUGUCUGGCCUCAUCCCGUCACUGGAGCUCAUGGCUCUGUAUGUGGCUGCAGCCAUGCACGACUACGACCACCCUGGACGGACCAACGCCUUCCUCGUGGCGACUAGCGCUCCUCAGGCCGUGCUAUAUAACGACCGCUCGGUGUUAGAGAACCACCACGCUGCGUCGGCCUGGAACCUGUUCAUGUCCCGGCCAGAGUACAACUUCCUGGGCAACCUGGAGCAUGUGGAGUUCAAACGCUUCCGCUUCCUGGUCAUCGAGGCCAUCCUCGCCACCGACCUCAAGAAACACUUUGACUUCCUGGCGGAGUUCAACGCCAAGGUGGGUGAUGAUGGCUGUUCGGGAAUUGACUGGUCCAAUGAGAACGACCGGUUGCUGGUGUGUCAGAUGUGCAUCAAACUGGCGGACAUCAACGGCCCACUGAAACACAAGGACUUGCAUCUACAGUGGACCGAGGGCAUCGUCAAUGAGUUCUAUGAACAGGGCGAUGAGGAGUCGAGUCUGGGCCUUCCCAUCAGCCCCUUCAUGGACCGCUCUGCGCCACAGCUCGCCAAGCUCCAGGAGUCCUUCAUCACACACAUCGUGGGGCCGCUCUGUUCCUCCUACGACUCCGCCGCCCUCAUGCCGGGGAACUGGGUCGACCCCGCCGACGCACGGAGGACGGAGGGAGAGGAGGUGGGGGAACGAGAGACAGAGGAGGAAGAGGAGGAUACAGCAGAGGAGGAUGCGUCGACUAGCUCUGAGAGUUCCCAGAAGCACGUGGUGAAGCUUAAGAAGAGCAGGAGGAGAGUGUUCUGUCCCAUCACUCAGCACCUUCUGGACAACCACGAAAUGUGGACAAGAGUCAUCGCCUCGGAAACCCGGGACACACCGGACAGAGAGGCGCCUAACUGCCUCAGCAACCCCGCCGAGCCAAUCACAGCCAUCCACGAGGAGGAGGAUGAGCCAGCCAGUAAGGAGGAGCCAAUAGAUGGCCAGGGAGAGGAGACAGAAGGGGAAGAGACGGGGCUUGCGGAGGAAGAGGAAGUGGUCGAGCAAUCAGAGACUGCAGAGAAAAGGGAGGAGGAGUUGGAGUGAGAGGAUUAUCUUUGACCCUUGAAGAUCAGGAAAUGGAACAUUUAUACAAACUCAUACCCUCUCCCAAAUAGACUUUCUGACUCUUGUCAGAAAAUAUACCCUAUUCCCCAUGUGGUGCACUAGCUGGCCAAAACUAGUCCACUAUACAGGGAUCGGGGUGUUGUUUGAGACGCAGCCCCUGAUAUUUGGUUGCCAGGAAAUCACUUAGACACAACACUGUAGAAGUUUGGAGUAACAUGUGCCUAAAGAAAAGAAGGUGGAGGGAGGGGAAGCUGAGGAUGAGUUGGGAUUUAUUGUUUUACAUACGUACUAUAUUGGAUCAGGUUUCCAUUUCAGAAUCCCUCUCCUUGACAAGGUGCCCACAACGCAAUACGGGCCCACAGAACACUGACCCCACUGCCAGCCUCAAGACACAGCCGGCCAUACUAGUGGUCCGCAUCCACCUGACCGCCCUCACAGAACCAAGGUGUACAAAGUGGACUGUACUGAAUAGACAGUACAAACACUAGCUCCUGAGGACAAUGAGAUGAAAGUGCGGGAAAAAGCUGUGUCCGCUCUGUGUUGGUUCUCAGGGAGCGAGGAGAGGACUGAGGACUGGGGAGAGGAGGGCCAGUGUUGAUACAGAGUGUGCUCACACACACGCAUGGAGGCAAACACACACUCACACACA